AUGUCACAACUAGACUCCCCCACUAAACCCAUGUAUCUCCACACAAUAUGGGGCCGAAGGCCUAUGAACACAAUGCAAAGACUGCUCGCUCUGUUAAUCCCCUGGGCAGAAACCAAGCUUCUCAACUUUAUCAAGAAGUAUGAGGUCCGCUAUAGGGACUUUUGGGAUGAUGGGCUGCGAUUGACGGUGCCAUUGGGUAACAAGACCCCGCUAAGGGCACUUGCAGAUCUGGCUACGCUGAUGGAAAUUGAAGGACUGGAUAAGGACUGGGAAUUUGUGUCGUAUGUGCUUACUGACACUCCGGAUGAGUUCGAUCCUGUGACCUGUGUCAGAGACUAG